GAAAGCUUAAGGUUGGUAGGACACCUGGAGGCUGAAAGGAACCUUGGCUCCCCCCUCCUUCCUAUGCAAGUUAAAGUCUGUUCUAAGACAGUCGGAGUAGUUGGAAACCACACGUAAGCUCUAGCCUGUGUGAGGAUAUUAAGAUUUAAUACUGCGACAAAAGACGAAGAGGAGGAACACUUGAUUGCAAGUAGAAACGAACUACAUGGCUGCUGUGAAAGAAACCACAGAAAGGAGAUGGAGUAUAGCUCAGCCGAGUGUGAGGGGAAAGAGCAGUUUGGCGUGUGUCAAACCGGGAACAUGGAAUCUGGUCCCAUCUCUUUGCGGGCCAAGGUACAGCUUUGAACAGGAUCAGCUCUGUCAUCCCUCCUUCAGGCAACUGCAGGCUAAGGUAAAAGAGGAAAACGAGGAGGUACAAGAAUUACUUCAGCGUUUAUCAAAUCGAGAAAAUGGGUUCAUGAAGGAGAAGGAGUCUUUCCUGACUCAGAGAAAGAUAGAAGAGCUCAGGAAGAAGGAGCUCAUACACAAGCGCUGGACUGAAAACGUGUGGUUUCCCAUCCAGAUGAGGGUGGAGAACCAUACCGCCUCCUGCUACUUCAUGGACUCCAUGAGACACCAAAUCAUGCACAGUCAUUACCUCCUACACUGUCAAUCUAAGAUAAGAACAUCAGGCUCAAGGGAGAUACGUCAAUUAAAUCUUCAAUUAAAAAAAAAACUUAAGAGACCAUCUUCUGCUUGUCAAGCAGGAUCUAAACCCGCCUCCAAUAAAACCUUGGAGCGACCUGAGACUGGUUCCUCUCUUACCAACUCUCUGAUGUCUCAAGACUAACCAGCUUCUUCAGACCUUAUAGUCUCAUCUGUUUCCUACAUUCAUCAAUGCUCCAGAAAAGGAUGAAGUCAAGGAAAUCGAAGAAGCUGCCGGCUUUCUAGAUGCGAAUGCUUCCAACCAAGAGGUUUACCGCAUCUAAACUCACCCUUACCAGUGACUGCAUCCAAAUAAAACCUACUUAUGUUGCUAACUG